UCUUGUAGUCAUUGUUAGCCAGCAAGUCAGAGAGAGGCGCGACCAGGCAGACAGUGAGUGUGUGUGCAAAUUGUGAUGAGUAAAAGCAUUAGGCGACUCAGCUGUUGAUACAGCCAGUGAGCGUGUGCGAGAGCGCGAGAGCGAGGGAGUGAGAGAGAAGUGUAAGGCAAAAAGGAAAGAAAGAAGGGAAAAGAGAAAGGAUACUACAAGUAUGCUGUGCUGCAUAAGAAGAACAAAACCGGUUGAGAAGAAUGAAGAGGCUGACCAGGAAAUCAAGCAGGAUGAGAAGAAACCAGAGGACAAAGCCCACAAGGCGGCCACCAAAAUCCAGGCCAGCUUCCGUGGACACAUACUCCGGAAAAAAAUGAAAGAUGGAGAGGAGGAUGAGGAGGCCAGUCCAGCUGUCCCAGAGGAGGAGGCGAAGGAGGCAGCAGACGGAGAGGAGGAGAAGAAGGAAGAUGUCCCCCCUGCGACUGAGCAGGCUGCCGAGGAAAAAGACCCCACUGAGAUUAAAGAGGAGGAGACGAGCCAAGCCAAAAGCCCCACCUCAGAAAAGCCAGCAAACUCUCCUGCCCCUGUCGCCACCUCGCCCGUGGCAGCAGCAGCUUCUCCCACUGCAGCGGCGGAGCCUUCAGAGCCUCCCAAAGAGGAGGCCAAGGCAGAGCCCAGCAACACCAAGGAGAAGCCCAAAGAGGUGGACAGCAGUGAAGCUCCGGUUUCUGCCCAAAACCCCUCCACUGAUUGUGUUGAAAAGAGUGUGGAGGGUGGUGCUGCCCAGGAGGAGUCCAAACAAGCCGACGUGCCUGCUGCUACUGUCAGUGAGACGGCUGAUAAGGAGGAGCCUCACCAAACACAAGACAAAAAAGAUGCUGCUGAAGAAUCCCAACCAGCUGAGGCCCCAGAGGCAGACCAGGAGGUCAAGGAGGACCAAGAGAAAGUUUAACAUAGAGAAAAAAAUUACUAUGAUUACAAAUGAAUUUAAAGGGUGACUCUUUUCCUUCUGAAUGUGAAGAUAGUCCAUUUUUAUUUGUUUGUCAUUUUUUGUGUGGCAAUGAUUUUCUUAUGUUGGGGGAGUUUCCAACAUGUGUUUUUUGGUUCAAGCUAUAAGUGGUAUGAUUUGGGUAUGCUCUGUAUCUUACAUGAUUGAAUCGAUGGUUGGAUGUAUCCAAGUUUUGAACUGAGUUUCAAAAUCCUACAAAGCAGGACAGGACAUUUUCAUAUUCUGCUUGAGUUGAUCAAGCUUGGUUUAGAUUCUUUGAGUAAUCAGUCCUUCCCCAUUCCGCACUUACACAACUAACAAGUCUGAGGUGAUUUUCACGACUUUACGGAAAACGAUAAAUACUAUGACAUAAAUAUUGUUGGCCCCACAACUAAAAUCCCCCUUCCAAAUUACAUGAUUAGCAUGAACCAUCUAACAAGUUGCAUGGGAACUCUUCCGCUAAGAGGACCUUUUCACAGUCACAAUACAAAAAAAAUGUGGCUUCUAUUUGAUGUCCUUGGUGUUGUUAUGACCGUUUGAUAUGAAUUGGAAUUACUCUUGCACUGAUGUUAAAAAGAAAAUCAAACAAACAAAACUAAAAAACGUUUCCUAUGUUCCAGUGAGUGCAAUGUCCAGUUUGAAUCUAAGGAGUUAAAUUGUGAAAAAAAUCAAAUAAUGGUUUCAAUGUCUGUUUUCAAAAUAAAGCAAUGUGCCAAUUACCAUCAUAAGUUGUGGAAUAUAUUUCACCUGCCAAACAAAAUAUUUGGUAAUGAAGGCUAAUGAUAAGCCACUUUCACAUAAACCCUGAAUUAGAGUAUAAUAGUAUUAUUUUUCAUGAGAUCUAGAGACAUCUAGUGGAGCGUGGUAGUACCUGCAGCUUAGGGCUUGGGGCUCGAUUCAAUCCGUACUGCUGAAGUUCAGCACUAUAGCGCAGUUACAUUUUGAAAUAUAUAGGUAAUUUACGAUUGAGUCGACCAAUGCAGUGUUUACCAUGAAAGCAGUCCGCUAACUCGGGAACAUUGGCAUUACUAUCACGCUUUGUGGCAGCUCUUCAACACUACAUAUUGAAUAGAGUCCCUGGUAUGAAACAAUACCCAGCUAUUAACUUAUUAGUAACAAAUGCUAUACUUUUGGGUCUCGAUUCAAUCCAUAUCGCUGACGUUCAGCGCUAUAGUGCACUUGAAAUUGAAAGGUCAUUUCCGAUUGAGCUGACAUAUGGAGCGUUUACAGUGAAUGCAGUCUCCGCUAACGCAGGAACAUUGCCUUUAAAUGUCAAUCGAACUACAACACAGAUUUUCAGCACUACGGAUUGAAUCAAGCCCAAUUGACUUGAUAGUAAAAACAUACUGGUGGUUAGCUCAGUUUUUUUUUUUUUUUUACUAAAUAGGUUAUAGAUACACCCAAUCUUCCAUACUCCCAGUAUUUGGCACAAACACUUCCAGUUGGUCAGGUCUGUGUUGGAGGAUCAGUUAGUGUUUCAUAAUCACCAGAUAUAUUUCUCAUGAAGGAUGGACUGGUGCAUGUGCUUUCCAGGGUUAGGGUCAAUUCCCAUUUAAUGUCAUUCUUUAUCUCAAUGGGGCCUCCUGGUUUAAAGGUUAGAUAAAAACGCUACAAGGCUCAUAGAAAAUGAAUAGACUAUCCAGUUCAGGAGUUCAUCAGUGUCCAUAUCAGUUGCCCUUUCCUUCUAUAAAGGCUAUCAUUUCCAUCAGACAACGCAAAUGACUGUAUCUACUGGCAGGAGUUCUCCUUCCAGGGAUCUCACUGUUCAGAUAGCUUUGUCAGUGUCAUUUCCAAUGUCCAGAGUUAACUGGCUAGAAAGUGUCAUAGAAACCCCUCUCCUUUUCCAAAACAGAUGUAUCGUUUUUCAAGCACUCCAGAAAUAUACAGUAUAGGACACAAAUCUCCCAAUGAGAAUUACAAUAUGUAUAUUAUUUUAUUUGCAUGUUACAUGGUGAUAAACACAAUUGUACCAGGGAGAUACUGUGUUUCAAGCGUUCUCCAAAAAGAUUACUCAUUGACAUCUCAAUCCACAUUCAAAUACAGAACACUGAAUUCAAACAAAUUGAUUUUGUUGUCGAAAUUCUUUCUUGUUUACCUUUACAUACCAUUUUUUGAAAUAAAUCGCAAUAACUUUACCAUAAAUCAAAGGAAAUAAAAAACGGGACAUUGCUGUGUAA